AUGGAUGCUGCGGGAAGGGGCUGCCAUUUGCCGCCCCUGCCAGCGGCGCGCGGACCUGCUCGCUCUCCUGCAGUGGCAGCAGCCGUCAGCGCCGUCCGCCGGCCCGGCCUCAGCAGCGGCGGCGCUUCGGCUCCCUCCGCGGCCGCCGGAGCGGUCGCCAUGAACCCCAGCUCCUCGGCGGGAGAGGAGAAGGGGGCGACAGGCGGCAGCAGCAGCAGCGGAAGCGGCGCCGGGAGCUGCUGCCUGGGCGCCGAGGGCGGCGCGGACCCGAGGGGCGCGGGGGCAGCGGCAGCGGCUGCCCUGGAAGAGCCCGGGGCCGCCGGCCCGAAGGAGAAGGACGAGGCACUGGAGGAGAAGCUGCGGAACUUAACUUUCCGGAAGCAGGUCUCUUACAGGAAAGCAAUCUCUCGGGCAGGCCUGCAGCACUUGGCUCCUGCGCAUCCCCUCAGCCUUCCUGUUGCAAACGGUCCAGCGAAGGAGCCCAGAGCGACUCUGGACUGGAGCGAAAAUGCCGUGAACGGGGAGCACCUGUGGCUGGAGACCAACGUCUCGGGAGACCUGUGCUACCUGGGGGAGGAGAGCUGCCAAGUCAGAUUUGCAAAAUCAGCUCUCAGGAGGAAGUGUGCGGUCUGUAAGAUUGUCGUCCAUACCGCCUGCAUUGAACAGCUAGAAAAGAUUAAUUUCAGAUGUAAACCAACAUUUCGAGAAGGAGGUUCAAGAUCACCAAGAGAAAACUUUGUGCGUCACCACUGGGUGCACAGACGUCGGCAGGAAGGAAAGUGUAAGCAGUGUGGUAAGGGCUUCCAGCAAAAAUUCUCCUUCCACAGUAAAGAGAUUGUGGCUAUCAGCUGUUCCUGGUGUAAGCAGGCGUUUCACAAUAAGGUGACCUGCUUCAUGCUGCAUCAGAUUGAGGAACCCUGCUCCCUGGGGGCUCACGCUGCUGUUAUUGUUCCACCCACCUGGAUCAUUAAGGUGAAGAAACCUCAGAACUCCCUGAAGGCGUCCAAUCGGAAGAAGAAGAGAACAAGCUUUAAAAGAAAAGCCAGCAAGAGAGGAACCGAACAGGAAAACAAAGGUCGUCCUUUUGUGAUAAAACCUAUCUCUUCUCCGCUCAUGAAACCUUUGCUUGUGUUUGUAAACCCCAAGAGUGGAGGCAACCAGGGAACCAAAGUCCUACAGAUGUUCAUGUGGUACCUGAAUCCACGGCAAGUCUUUGACCUUUCUCAGGAAGGACCGAAAGACGCGCUUGAGUUGUAUAGGAAGGUACCAAACCUGCGGAUUCUGGCCUGUGGUGGGGAUGGAACGGUGGGCUGGAUCCUUUCCAUUCUGGAUGAACUGCAGCUGAGCCCUCAGCCUCCCGUCGGGGUCCUUCCUCUGGGGACUGGGAAUGACCUGGCUCGGACUCUCAACUGGGGAGGGGGCUACACUGAUGAGCCUGUUUCUAAGAUCCUUUGCCAAGUAGAAGAUGGGACAAUUGUACAGCUGGAUCGCUGGAACCUCCACGUGGAAAGAAACCCAGACUUGCCUCCUGAAGAACUGGAAGAUGGCGUGUGUAAGCUUCCUCUGAAUGUUUUCAAUAACUACUUCAGCCUCGGAUUCGAUGCGCACGUCACAUUGGAGUUCCAUGAAUCCAGAGAAGCAAAUCCAGAGAAAUUCAACAGUCGUUUUCGAAAUAAAAUGUUCUAUGCAGGGGCAGCUUUUUCUGAUUUCCUACAGAGAAGCUCUAGAGAUUUAUCCAAACAUGUUAAAGUUGUCUGUGAUGGGACCGAUCUUACCCCAAAGAUCCAGGAACUGAAGUUCCAGUGUAUAGUAUUUUUAAAUAUACCCAGAUAUUGUGCUGGCACAAUGCCCUGGGGGAACCCAGGAGAUCACCAUGACUUUGAACCCCAGCGUCAUGAUGAUGGUUAUAUUGAAGUCAUUGGAUUCACCAUGGCAUCUUUGGCUGCCCUGCAAGUUGGAGGCCAUGGAGAAAGGCUGCACCAGUGUCGGGAGGUCAUGCUGCUAACUUACAAAUCCAUCCCCAUGCAAGUGGAUGGGGAGCCCUGCAGGUUGGCCCCGGCUAUGAUUCGGAUCUCACUGAGGAAUCAGGCCAACAUGGUACAGAAGAGCAAGAGGAGAACAUCCAUGCCUUUACUCAAUGAUAUCCAUCAGGUGCAAGCUGCGGACCUGCGGAGAGUGUCUGCCCCCCCAGGCUCCUUCACCAUUCCCCAGUCUGUUCCAGACCGCCUGAGGAUCCGGGUGAACAAAAUCAGUUUACAAGACUAUGAAGGUUUCCACUACGACAAAGAGAAACUCCGGGAAGCCUCCAUCCCACUGGGCAUUCUAGUUGUGCGUGGAGACUGUGAUUUGGAGACUUGCCGUAUGUACAUAGAUCGCCUGCAGGAGGACCUGCAGUCAGUUUCUUCUGGCUCCCAGAGAGUUCAUUACCAGGACCACGAAACCUCCUUCCCUAGGGCGCUCUCAGCUCAGAGACUCUCCCCACGGUGGUGCUUUCUAGAUGCUACUUCUGCUGAUCGCUUUUAUCGAAUAGACAGAUCUCAGGAACAUUUGCACUUUGUAAUGGAGAUUUCUCAAGAUGAGAUUUUUAUUCUGGACCCAGAUAUGGUGUUGUCACAGCAGGCGGGGACACCCCCAGGAAUGCCUGACCUGGUGGUGGAGCAAGCCUCGGGAAUGACAGACUGGUGGAAUCCUGCUCUCCGGAAACGCAUGCUGAGUGACAGUGGGCUGGGGAUGAUAAGCCCGCAUUAUGAAGACUCAGAUCUGAAAGAUUUUAGCCACUCCCGAGCGCUACAGUCACCAGUCUCUUCAGAAGAUCACGCAAUUUUGCAGGCAGUAAUAGCUGGUGAUCUUAUGAAGCUAAUAGAAAGCUAUAAAAACGGAGGCAGCCUGCUAAUUCAGGGACCAGACCACUGUUCACUCCUUCAUUACGCAGCUAAAACCGGCAACGGGGAGAUUGUGAAAUAUAUCCUUGACCACGGACCAUCCGAGUUAUUGGAUAUGGCAGACAGUGAAACGGGUGAGACUGCACUGCACAAGGCAGCCUGCCAGCGGAACCGGGCCGUGUGCCAGCUUCUGGUGGACGCAGGAGCAUCUCUGAGAAAGACGGACUCCAAGGGAAAGACACCUCAAGACAGAGCCCAACAGGCCGGGGACCCAGACUUGGCUGCCUACCUGGAAAGCCGCCAGAAUUAUAAGCUCAUUGGCCAUGAGGACCUGGAAACUGCUGUUUGACCCUGGUAGACAGGCUGAGAGAACCUCAACAAGCAUCUCACCUGUGCCCUCCUGGC